GACCUGUAGAAAGGACGGUUCCUCUUGGACUAAUCCAGCACCCACGGGAGCCAGUAGAAUCCUGAAGGGUGGUGAUCAGUGUGUGGCAUGGCUGGGACCAUGUGUAUAACCCUACUGCUGCUCCUCAGCAUAAUUACUGUUGGGAGCAGGAAGACCUGGAGGAGACGCGGCCAGCAGAUAAUACCCAGUAGCAGGGAGAGGAGUGAAGGAGGUGGUGAGAGCUUUCCACUGGACUUCACUGCCGUUGAGGGAAAUAUGGACAAUUUCAUGGCUCAGAUCAAGAGCCUUGCACAGUCUUUGUACCCAUGCUCUGCACAGCGACUAGAUGAUGAGAUGAAACUGCAUAUUCUGCAUAACAAGUCAGUGACAUGUAAUGACGGAAGCCCAGCAGGCUACUACUUAAAGGAAUCCAAAGGUAGCAGACGGUGGCUUGUCUUUCUUGAGGGAGGAUGGUACUGCAUCAGCCGUGAGAACUGUGACCUUCGCUAUGACACAAUGCGGAGGCUUAUGAGCUCCAAGGCCUGGCCUCCUGCUAAAACUGCUUCGGGCAUUUUGUCAACACAGCCAGAAGAGAAUCCUCACUGGUGGAAUGCUAAUAUGGUGUUCAUCCCAUACUGUUCUAGUGAUGUAUGGAGUGGAGCAUCACCUAAAACUGAAAAAAGUGGAUAUGCAUUUAUGGGAUCACUCAUUAUACAGGAAGUGGUCAAGGAGCUUCUAGGGAAGGGACUGGACACUGCCAAGGUUCUUCUGCUGGCUGGAAGCAGUGCUGGUGGAACUGGUGUGCUUCUAAACGUGGACCUGGUGGCUGAUCAACUGGAGGAGUUGGGUUUCCCCGGUAUUCAAGUUCGAGGCCUCUCUGAUUCUGGUUGGUUCCUGGAUAACAAGCAGUACCGGAGAACAGACUGUACAGACAUAAUCACAUGUGCUCCAACUGAAGCCAUACAGAGAGGAAUUAGGUACUGGAACAGCGUGGUUCCAGAACGUUGCAAGCAGCAGUUCAAAGAAGGUGAAGAAUGGAACUGCUUCUUUGGCUACAAGAUCUAUCCAACUUUAAGAAGUCCUGUGUUUGUGGUGCAAUGGCUGUUCGAUGAAGCCCAGCUGACCGUGGAUAAUGUCCAUCUGAGUGGGCAGCCAGUGCAAGAAAGUCAGUGGCUUUACAUCCAGAAUUUGGGCCAGGAGCUGAGGAACACUCUAAAGGAUGUUGGGGCGAGUUUUGCUCCUGCAUGUCUGGCACAUGAGGUGAUCACACGUCUCCAUUUGAUGGAGAGCUGC